AUGACCUGGCCAGACCAGUCAGACACGGAAGAAGAGCGUAUCCUGAAGCUGUUACGCGAACAGCAGUCGCGGACGGUGACUCCCGAGCAGGCUGAAUUUGAGAAUCUCUCCAAAACGCGUAAAUUGGAGAAGCUCAAUGAGCUGGUCAAGCGUUCGCAAGUGUUCAGUAGUAUUAUUGCUGACACGCUUUUAGACAGUUCCAAGAAGGAGGAAGUGCAAAGCAAGCAAAAGCGCCGGAAGACAAACGACGGUAGCGCUGCUGAGGAUGAGUCUUUGCAGCCAAAACUACUCACCGGGUGCCAAAUGAAAGACUAUCAGAUAGCAGGUAUGGAAUGGCUGAUCACGUUGUAUCAGAACGGUCUCAAUGGGAUAUUGGCCGACGAAAUGGGACUUGGCAAGACUUUGCAAAGUAUUGCCUUGAUUGCGUUCUUGAUUGAGCAAGGAAUCGAAGGCCCAUUCCUUAUAUGCUGUCCGUUGUCGACCGUAUCGAAUUGGAUCUCCGAGUUUGAGAGGUUUGCUCCGAAAAUCAAGGUGCUUGCUUACGUAGGCUCCAAGACGCAACGUCCCAGGCUGCGGCGACAGUUCUCGAAAUAUGCGGUGAUUGUCACUUCGUACGAGAUCAGCAUACGCGAUUUCCGCUAUUUGAGCGCCAGACUCUGGAAGUUUCUGAUUGUCGACGAGGGACACCGCCUAAAAAACAGUGACUGUCUUUUGAUCCGCCAACUUAAACGUCUGAGGACCUCAAACCGCCUGCUGUUGACGGGGACGCCUCUGCAGAACAACCUGAACGAGCUUUGGUCUCUGCUGAACUUUAUUUUGCCGGAAAUUUUCCACGACGUUGAUAUGUUUCAGCAGUGGUUUGACUUUUCUGCUCUGGAGGAAAUGAAAGACGAGGACACGGAAUUCAACGAGCUGAUCAAUGCAGAGAUCCAAAAGAGUUUGGUCACCAAUCUGCACACCAUUCUACAGCCAUUUUUGCUCCGCAGGCUAAAAAGAGACGUGGUACAGGGCUUGCCACCAAAAAGAGAGUUUAUUAUUUAUGGCAAGCUCACGCCCAAACAGGAACAACUGUAUCGUGCUACACUAGGGCACAAGUUGAAAGAAAGCCUUCUAGUGAAUGGUCUAAAAGAAUAUCUUUCAGUAAACCGUUUGUUGCAGGUCUCUGACGAAGAGGUUGAAAACUUUGUGGCUAUGGAAAACAAGCCUAGAGAUAGCAGGUUGUACGAGCAUUUUGAGUUUGUUAGGAAACAGGUCGGGACCAAAAAGCUGAUGAAUGCGAUGAUGCAGCUGCGUCUGGUGUGCGAUUCGCCUCAUCUUUUUUUCUAUCCGUGGAAUGAGUAUGCGGACUCAGGAUUGGUGGAACAGUCUGCAAAGUUGCAACUUUUGAACCAAUUGCUUCCUGCGCUUCAUAAGGACGGACACCGCGUUCUGAUUUUCACACAAUUCACGUCAAUGCUAGACUUGAUUGAAGAAUUUGUCAGUAAUACGCUAGGAUACAAGUCCUGUCGAAUAGACGGGUCGACCGACCAGGCCGACCGCAAAGACGAGAUUGAGCGGUUUGCAACCGAAGAGGUAGACGUGUUUCUGCUGUCUACCCGUGCUGGGGGUCUGGGGCUUAACUUAACGGCUGCUGACUCGGUUAUUCUUUUUGACUCUGAUUGGAAUCCGCAGGUUGAUCUCCAGGCAAUGGAUAGAGUUCACAGAAUAGGCCAGACCAAACCUGUAUCUGUUUAUCGACUGGUAAUUGCCAACACUGUUGAAGAAAUCAUGCUAGCGAAGGCAGACUCGAAAAGACGUCUCGAAAGGCUGGUCAUCCAGCUGGGUCAUUUUGAGGAUCUUCUCAAAUAUGGUACCGGCAACAGGAACCCACAGGAUGCUCUUCUGGACAAUCUUGGUGAAUUUCUAAGCGCAAAAGAGUUUAGAAAAAGAGAAAUUGUGGACAACAAGCUUUCGGACGAAGAAAUGCGAGAAUUGCUAGACAGGUCGCCAGAAGCCUACGAAAGAGAAAACGACGACCAUUUUGCGCACUUGAUGCUCUUCGAAACAAUUAAUUCCUUACAGUAG